CCCAGGAUGGGGUCCGUGGCGCCCCGGACCCUCCUCCUGCUGCUCGCGGGGGCCCUGGCCCUGACCGAGACCCGGGCAGGCUCCCACUCCCUGAGGUAUUUCAGAACUGCCAUGUCCCGGCCCGGCCUCGGGGAGCCCCGCUACAUCGAAGUCGGCUACGUGGACGACACGCAGAUCACUCGCUUCGACAGCGACGCCGAGAACCCGAGGAUGGAGCCGCGGGCGCCGUGGAUGCGGCAGUUGGAGCAGGAGUACUGGGACCGCAACACGCAGAUCUGCAAGGACAACGCACAGAUGAACCGCGUGAGCCUGAACACCCUGCUCCACUACUACAACCAGAGCAAGGCGGGCUCUCACACCAUCCAGAGGAUGUCCGGCUGCGAGGUCGGGGAGGACGGGCGCCUCCUCCGCGGGUACCGGCAGUAUGCCUACGACGGCACUGACUACAUCGCCCUGAAUGAGGACAUGCGCUCCUGGACCGCGGCCAAUGUGGCAGCUCAGAUCACCAAGCAAAAGAUGGAAGCAGCAGGCUAUGCACAGCACCAAAGGUCCUACCUGGAGGGCAGGUGUGUGGAGUGGCUGCGCAAAUACCUGGAGAUGGGCCAGGAGACUCUGAAGCGCACAGACCCACCCACAGCACAUGUGACCCACCACGCCAUCUCUGACCAAGAGGCCACCCUGAGGUGCUGGGCCCUCGGCUUCUACCCCAAGGACAUCGCACUGACCUGGCAGCGGGAUGGGGAAGACCUGACCCAGGACACAGAGCUGAUAGAGACCAGGCCUGCAGGGGAUGGAACCUUCCAGAAGUGGGCAGCUGUGCUGGUGCCUGCUGGAGAGGAGCACAGAUACACUUGCCAGGUGUAUCAUGAGGGGCUGUCUGAGCCCCUCACCCUGAGAUGGGAGCCUCCUCAUCCCACUGUGCCCAUGUGGGGAGUCAUUGCUGGCCUGGUCCUCCUGGCAGCUGUGCUCAUUGGAGCUGUGGUCACAGCUGUGGUGAUGAUAAGGAGAAAAAGAUCAGGUGGGAAAGGAGGAAACUACACUAAGGCUGCAGGUGGUGACAGUUCCCAGGGCUCUGACUGCUCUCUCACAGCCUGAAAGGUGCACCUGCUGCAGCUUCAUCCUUCCCUGUGCAGAUCUGAACAGCAAAUCAUUUUUUCCAAUUCCUCUCUGAGGUCUUGGUGAGAUAAU